CAACGGUAUUGUAGAAUAAUUGUGUUUACAUUAUUUUGAGUAGGUGCGGUUUUUAUUGUAAAUUUAAAGAUAAAAAUAUAGAUAAACAUGUCCGCAAGAGGAGGAAAGAAACGCCAGAAAGCAAUGUCGAAGUCGCAGAGAGCUAAUGUGACAUUUCCUGUGGGGAGGCUGCACCGGUAUCUGAAGAUGGGGACACACCGCUUGCGUAUUGGUGUCGGCUCUCCCGUGUACAUGGCAGCCGUCAUAGAGUAUCUUACGGCUGAAGUUUUGGAGUUGGCAGGAAAUGCAGCAAGGGACAACAGAAAAGGAAGAAUAACACCAAGACAUAUUCUGCUGGCUGUUGCAAAUGAUGAGGAAUUACACUUGUUACUGAAGAAUGUGACAAUAGCAUCAGGAGGUGUUCUACCCAAGAUACACCCAGAGCUGCUGGCAAAGAAGAAGGGUGGGAAGUUUGUGAUGGGCAACAACAUGCCACUUACAGUUCCUUAUAAGAAGCCCAUCGCUACAAAGCCCAUAUCACACCACAAGAAACCAUCACCACCUGUACCAGCAUCAAGCGGUAUCCGUGCUAAGAAAGCAUCCAGCCCAUCUGGAGCGAAACCUGGCAAAGGAAAAGGCAAGACGAAGGAGACGAGCGCUAACAGUACCACAGCUGGAACUGGGGUUACAGUACUGUCUGAAAAGAAACUGUUCCUUGGACAGAAGCUCACUGUGGUACAAGGGGAUAUCACUAACAUUACGGCAGAUGCACUGGUUCACCCAACGAAUACCAGCAUUGCAAUGAUGGGUGAGGUGGGGCAGGCCCUAGAGAAGAGGGGAGGCAAGGAGUUCCUGGAAGAAGUGCAUGACCUGCGCUCCUCCCAGGGUUCCCUCGAUUCCACCACAGCGGCAGUAUGUUCUGGUCACAAUUUCCCGGCGAAGUGGGUUAUUCAUGUGAAUGGACCUUCAUGGAAUGAAGUUGAUGCGACAGAGAAGUUAGAGAAGACAAUGAAAAACUGCCUCACACUGGCUGAUCAGAAGAAUCUGAAAUCGUUAGCCAUACCUGCUAUAGGCAGUGGAAGGGCUGGCUUUCCAAAGCAGCAGGCUGCCCAAACAAUCCUGAAAGCCAUCAGCAACUACUUCGUAAAUGUGAUGUCAUCUUCGCUCAAACAGAUCUACUUUGUACUCUUUGAUAUGGAGAGCAUUGGAAUCUACACUGCAGAACUAGCAAAACUGGACUCAUAGGACACAGUGUUAGUCGGACGUGAGUAAUCGAUCAAAAAGCAGCAGAUGCAGGCAUGGGCUGCUUAAAGGACAGUAAAAAUUCCUAAAUUUUAUUUGAUCUUGGACUGCUUGUACAUUUUAACAUGAUUGAAUCCAAUGAAAGAAUGGGAUGUAUCGUAAUGUUCGUAAGAGGUAUUUCUGUAGUGUACAUUUGUACAUUUUGUUACAUGUUGUAGUGGGUUUGGAUGAUGUAAGGGAAUUCUGGGUAUGUUUUUGUUUUAAAAAGGAAAUGUACAUGAAACCAUGUAAAGAAAACUUAAUCGUAAGUGGCCAGUCAGUAUGCAAGAUGAUUGAUCGAUUAAUAUAGAGUAGCACUUGGUACUCAAGAGCCUUGCCAUUGGUCAUUCUCUGUGUUUACUUAAAAAUUUAUUUAUCUUGAAAAUGAAGAGAAGUGGGUGGAUUACCGUAGUGCAUCUGUUUUGCAUCUGGUACCCAAGUCCACAUUCAUUCCAAAAUGAUGGUCCUGUUUGAGACUGGGAUUGAUGCAACUGACAUAGCCGCUUAUUUAACCUUCUUUUCUGAGCACGCUGCUGGGCUGGAGAAGUGUGUUUGAGAUGAACACUGUGAACCUCACAGCUUGUGAAUACGUGAUGCAUGGGUGUUAGAAUUAUCAUUACUUUUUGGUGAACAAAUAGCACCCAGGCUAUUAACUGAUGCUGCCAUCUAUGAGAGAUAUUCUUAGCUACAUCAUCAGUUCUGAUGGGUUUUGUUGGUGUUAGUAACUUCACAUGGAAGUCAGCCAUAUCCCAUAUGAAGGCGACUUUCUUGUGCAUGUGGCUUCGGAAAUCUGUACCUAGGUCACAGCACAUCCUCAGCUGAUCAUUAUGUGAUACAUAGAUCCUUAGGGAGAUGAAUUCUGUAGCUUUGAGAACAGGGAUGAACAGGUACUCUCUUAUUAUUAUCAAUGCUAUUUUUAUAUCACUUAUUUAACCACCCUCCUUGUUUGGUUCUGUGAGCAGCCGAUGAUCCCAUUAAAAGACCAUAAAUAAAAUUAAUCAUCCAUCUCUGUUUUAGACAUGGUCCAUAUGCCAACAUGUUUGAAAUAAACAAGUAUGACCUUUGUGGUGCAUUCACACUGAAAGUUGUGAAUAUUGUCAUUGUGACUGCCUGUCUGCAUGUACCAGCCGGUGAGCUGAUUUACAUGAAAUUAGAUUUUUGGGAGUCUUAACUAGAAUUUGGGGGCAUGCAAUAGUGUAAUUGGUUGAGGCACUAUGCUACAAGCUGCAAGGUCGUUGUUUUGAUUCCCGAUGAGAUCACUGGAUUUUUU